GGGCGGCCGCGGCUCAUAUGGGAGGGAGAGACUGAAGAGAGAAAGAACCGAUCUAGGUUCCUCUAUAGUCCUUGGCUCACAACUUCUGAAUUCGCGUUUUCUUCUUAACAUUGACCAGACGAACGAACGCUAGAGAGAGAGAGAGAGAGAAAGAAGAGAGGAGAAGAGAGAUAGCUUGUUGGGUCUGAGAUUUUAUUAGUGCGUUGCGCAAUGAUGGCAGUGCGCGUCCCGAAAAGCUUGCUUCUUGCAUGCUGGAUUAGUCUUCUUUUACCUCUGGGGCAAGCCGUAUGGUUGAGCAUUCCGAAGUCAGGAGCGAAGUGCGUCUCGGAGGAAAUCCAGAACAACAUCGUUGUCUUGGCUGAUUACACCGUCGUCUCCGAAGACGGAUCCCACCAGAUCCCUCUCAUCUCUUGCAAGGUCACAUCACCCUAUGGAAACAUUCUUCAUCACCUGGAAAAUGUCACCAACGGUCAGUUUGCAUUCACAGCAUUUGAAUCUGGGAACUACCUUGCCUGUUUUUGGAUAAAUGACCCUCACCAAGGAGCAGGGGCAAGCAUUAACCUUGAAUGGAAAACUGGAGUUGCAGCAAAAGACUGGGAAACAAUUGCGAGAAAAGAGAAGAUUGAUGGUGUGGAGGUUGAGUUUAGGAAACUUGAAGGAGCGGUGGAGGCCAUUCAUGAAAAUUUGCUCUAUUUGAAGGGCAGGGAAGCAGACAUGAGGGAACAGAGUGAAACAACCAAUGCCCGAGUUGCAUGGUUCAGUAUCAUGUCCUUGGGCGUCUGCAUAGUGGUUUCAAUUUUGCAGGUGUGGCAUUUGAAGCGUUACUUCCGAAAGAAGAAGCUUAUUUAGAUUUAAAUAUUUAAUUGUAUUCUGAUGCAAAACUCACCAAUAUUUCGAGGGAUGGAAGGUUUAGAACUGAGUUAGAACUUUUUGUAUGUUUUUUUUUUUUAUUUUUUUAUUUUAUUUUCUUAGUUUCUACCCUAGGGGGAAGUUUGUAGAAUUCUGGGUUCUGGCCUUGUUGAAUGAGGAAAAUAUGGUAUCCCAAAGCUGCUGAACAAAGUGUUUACUGAUCAUAUCUUCUACAUGUACACUCAAUUUCAUUUCAGCUCGAAAAAGUUGAAGAUAUCCCCAAGAUCAUGUAUACAUUUAUUACAUUUAGUUCCAUACUUGAAAUUCUUGUCA